CCUCGAAUGUAGCGGGCCAUAGCCUGAGCCUCUCUUCUCUCGCCAAACCGCCAAAUCCACUCUCUGGCACCAUAGCUCUGACUAUCAGCCAUUGGGCACUGAAUGGUGAACCUGCAGCAACAGUCGAUGAAGAAGGCGCACCCGGUCAAUCAUUACCUCCGAUUCAGCCAGCGUCCACGGUUUACAAGACUCCGGACAUGGAGCUAUCUCCAGAGGACGCAGCGACACAACAACUGUUUGAUUCUAC